AGUACGGCGAGCUUCGGUGACUGCCAGUUGAAAACAAAAAUGGCUGCGCAUGCCAGAACGAGCUGCCGCUUGCUGGGGAGACACGUCCCUGUCCCGCCGUUCAGAGAACUCUUCGGCCGGCGCGGGCACGGGACCGUUCGACUGAGCUCCAGCGCGUCGCGCGAGGGAAGCGAGGCUGAAUUUGGAAAAUCGACUUCAACGGCUGCCAACUUCGCCUCAUCCCUGACAGCCAGGGACAGACAGGAGAGGCUGAGAGAUGACAGCAUACUCCCCUUUUCAGCCUUCUUGACUGACAACUUUGGCCGGAGGCACAGCUACCUGCGCAUCUCCCUGACGGAGAAAUGCAACCUGCGCUGUCAGUACUGCAUGCCAGACGAGGGGGUGAAGCUGACACCGCGGAGCCAACUGCUGACAACCGCGGAGGUUCUGACCCUGGCUCGCCUCUUCGUACGCGAGGGCGUGGAGAAGAUCCGCCUCACCGGAGGAGAGCCCCUCAUCAAACCGGACGUGCUGGACGUCAUCAAAGAACUGAGGAAGCUGGAGGGCCUGAAGACCAUUGCAGUGACGACCAACGGCAUGAACUUGGCCAGACUUCUGCCGAAGCUGAAAGACGCCGGCCUCGACCUGAUCAACAUCAGCCUGGACUCGCUGGUCCCCGCCAAGUUUGAGUUCAUUGUCAGGCGUAAAGGCUUCCACAAGGUCAUGGAAGGCAUAGACAAGGCCAUCGAACUGGGCUUUAACCCUGUGAAGGUGAACUGUGUGGUGAUGCGAGGCCUCAACGAGGACGAGCUGCUCGACUUCGUGGCGCUGACGGAGAAGAAGCCUCUGGAGGUGCGCUUCAUCGAAUACAUGCCCUUCGAUGGCAACAAGUGGAACUUUAAGAAGAUGGUGAGUUACCAGGAGAUGCUGGACCUCAUCAGGCAGCGGUGGCCCGACCUGGAAAGGCUUGAAACCGGAGGCACAACUUCCAAGAUGUUCAAAGUUCCCGGGUUCAAAGGUCACGUGGGCUUCAUCACCUCCAUGUCGGAGCACUUCUGUGGCUCCUGCAACCGCCUGCGUAUCACCGCCGACGGAAACCUCAAGGUGUGUCUGUUUGGGAACUCCGAGGUGUCUCUGAGAGACGUCCUGCGCUCGGGGGCGUCGGACGAGGAGCUGCUGCAGAUCAUCGGAGUCGCCGUGGGCAGCAAGAAGAAACAACACUCAGGCAUGUUUAAUAUCUCGAAGAUGAAGAACAGGCCGAUGAUCCACAUUGCCGCCCCCCUUCCCCACGGGCCCCCGUCUCCGGCAGAGCGGCCAGCCGGCCGGAGAGCUUUCCCCAUGGCCCCCCUCCCUCCCACCGACCCCUCCCCCUCUGCAGCAGCCUCAGGCGGAGUCCUGCGCCGAGGGGCCUCCUCAUGCUCCUCUGGACCCUCACUGACCCGCGACGGGUCCCAUCUCCAAACUCAACGCUGCGCGGACACGGAGCCCCCCCCCCGCAGCGCGGCGGCCUGCCGCUCCACAAAGAUCCCGAGCCGCGUCGGGGGAGGCGGCCUCGGGUACCCGCGCGCCGGGACCGCACCUGUUCUUUGCACACAGCCAAUUAACGCCGGAGGAGGCGUGACGCGACCGAGCGUGAGGCGGUGCCACCACCAGAGUUCCAGCGAAGACCCCGGCGCUCCGUCGUCGGGCGCAGACGUCCGCGGCGCGUCGCCCGACGACGCCGCCGCAGCUCAGCUGACGCACACGGACGCCCGGGGCCGCGCCGCCAUGGUGGACGUCGGCGGCAAAGCGUCCUCGCGCCGAACCGCCACGGCGAGCGCCACCGUGCUCCUGGGCCCCGCCGCCUUCCGGCUGCUGCGAGACCACCAGCUGGCCAAGGGCGACGCCUUGGCCGUGGCGAAGCUGUCCGGCAUCAUGGCCGCCAAGCAGACCGCCGCCCUCAUCCCGCUCUGCCACCCGCUCCCGUUGGACCACGUCUCCGUCACCCUGGAGCUCGCCGAGCCGCGGAACGCCGUCACCGUGACGGCGACGUGCCGCUGCACGGGCCGGACGGGAGUCGAGAUGGAGGCGCUCACCGCCGCCUCCGUCGCCGCGCUGACCGUCUAUGACAUGUGCAAGGCGGUGAGCCAUGACAUCAUCAUUACAGAUGUGAAGCUGGUCAGCAAGACGGGCGGGAAGAGAGACUUUCAUCGUCCUACGUGAUCCCAUCGCCGCCUUUUAACGUCAACUGGGGCGGUACCGGUACCAUAACGACCACGAUGCACUGCCACACUAAUAUUAUUAAUUAAUAAUCACUAAUUUGCGACAGAGAGCUUUACAAUCGGUACAAAGAUCCGACAUCCACACACCGUUUUGACUGCUGCGGUUCGCCGUGACCCCGGUGCAACCCUCAACCCGGAAAAACAUUCACGAAGAACGAGGUGUCAAUGAAGCGUCGGCGCCGUGUAGGCCACACCCACUUCCACCCAAAGUGUCUGUUUCAGCAAACAUUUACGUUCCGGCCACCAGAAUGAUUUUCAAGGUUCCCGUCUCCCUCCCUCCCUUCCUCCUCCUCCCCCCUAGUUGCCUUUUACUUUGACCAAAGUCCAGCCCGGUGCAGACCGGCUCCCUCGUGUUCCUGUUCUCUUUAGUUCAGCGGCGGGUUGCUCGUAGCUUCAUGUCGACGUGUUUCCUGUGCGUGACAGGAGGGGAGGAGCUCCGGGCCAGACGCGCCACUAGAGGGCGCUCACGCCCAACGAGGAGGAGGAGUUUCAGGUCCUCUGCUGCUAGGAGCACAACUGUGAAUGUUUUUGGUUAAUUUAGUUUUGAUGAUGAUAAUCGGUGGAAGAAGAAUUUAAUUUCAAGUCGUGUCUUUAUUGGAUUCCACUUGAGCUUCUAUUGUUUUCCUUCUGCUGCGUCGUCGUUUUCUGGAAACACUGCGAAUGAGAACACAAACACCUCACACGAUGAACGUGGUGGGUAACGUUUGUUAAGUUGACUAAAUGUUUAGUUGUGUGACAACAGGCGUCCGUGUGUUGACAUGUUUGUGUCGUUGGAGGCUCAUUGGCACUUUAUACAAAAUGAAAGCUUCCUGCCGUCUUUCUCCGGUGUCCUUGUUAACUUUGUCUGCCGGUCGAGUGCCCAGUGAGUCCACAAUGUGGGAGGCGGGGCUAAGUCACUGAUUCUCCCAGGUGAGGAUAGUUCACCUGUUGCCUGAAGUCAAUUAAGUUUAUUUGGUAAAGCCCAGAAUCACAAAUUUUCCUCAGAGGGCUUUACAGUCUGUACUUGUACGACGUCCCUGUCCCCACAUCGGAUCAGCUGGAAAACUCCCAAAAAAGAUGGACAUGGUUAGGCCUCAUAAGGACACACUGUGAAGGGAAGGAGACGAGAGAAGGAGACAGCCGCAGAUGUAUUCCUCUGAUUAACUGGGAUGACAUGGCGGGCCGUUUCAGAUUAGAGUCUUCUGUUGUCGAGCCUCUAAACCGCAGCGGGUUUAUCCAUCUUUUCUUUCAUUUGUAACUCAUUCAAUAGACAAUCAGCUUCAUAAAGUGAACAUUUUUCUUUUUAUCCCAAUUCACAUCUUCCUUUUCUCUUGAUGUGACGUUACAAGAACCUCAACGAAUGGCUUCUUACACAGGAAAAACAAUAAAUACAUGGCAGGUGA